CUACUGUUCCAUAAUUCUCCUUACCAGAAGGGUCCCAGAGAGUCACCAAUUCCUACUUGGCUUUGCUUUGUGAGAGAGAGAGAGAGAGAGAGAAGAGAGGUGAAAAAUGGGGAAGAGUGAGACUGUGAAGAAGGCAGAGAAGCUUAUGGUAUCGGCUAUGAAAGCAAACGAUGCAUCUCACGAUGCUUCUCAUGUCUUCAGAGUUCGAGACCUCGCUCUCUCUCUUGCCCUUGAGGAAGGCCUCUCUUCUUCUCCUGAUUCCAUGGAAAUUGUGGAGCUGGCUGCGCUUCUCCAUGAUAUAGUCUCCCUGUCUCACUGUCCUACUACUAUGGCAUAUAGAGAUCCAUCAGAGGAGAAAAUUGUUGAGGAAUUUCUGGAGGCUGAGAACGUAGAGGGGAGCAAAAAGAUAAAGAUUCUAAGCAUUAUAAAGGGAAUGGGUUUCAAAGAUGAAAUUGGAGGACAGGUAGAUAGUAAACAUUCCAUAGAAUUUGGGGUUGUGCAAGAUGCUGAUCGUCUUGACGCAAUUGGUGCAAUUGGAAUUGCUCGUUGUUUUACUUUUGGCGGAAGUAGGAGCAGUGUGCUCCAUGACCCGAGCAUUCAGCCACGAUCAGAUUUGUCCAAGGAACAAUACAUUAAGAAAGAUAAGCAAACUACCGUGAAUCAUUUUCACGAGAAGCUUCUGAAGCUGAAGGAUUUAAUGAAGACAAAGGCUGGGCAGAGGAGGGCUGAGAAAAGGCACAAGUUCAUGGAGGACUUCCUGAAAGAGUUCUAUGACGAAUGGGAUGGGAGGGCUUGAAUGAAUAAGAUCCAGCGACGUGACUUCAUCGUCAUCGACUUUCGCACCUUAUUUGCAUCACUGCCAUCGUCGCCAGCUUCAUCGCCUCCUCAACUCCACUUUCGCCCUUGUUAGCUCCCAUUUCUUUAUCUUUGCUGCCGAUCUGAGUCUUCUAUAUCCAGGCCUUCACAAACCUCCAGAUCAGCUCAAGCCCAAUUGACCACUGCCGAUACGUCUCCUGAAUCGAACCCUAGUUGGUGCUGAUAAAUGACAAACAAAUUAGACACCAAAACCCCUAACUCAAACAGAUUAGACCUUGCAACUUACCAAUCCCAACUUUUCAGUAAGUUCCGGUUGGCGAUCAUGAUCUCACUGAUCUUCGCCGCACUCAACGUCACUCUGCCCUGAAACACCUCUCCAACAAUACAUAUAUUUAUAUUCAUACAUAUUUGUUGUAUACAUCUUUGCUCAUCGUGCCAAGGAAUCUUUGC